AGAGCUUGCGCAUGCGCCGCAGACCAGCCGCUGGGGUCUCAGGCCGCUGCCAUCUGUUGCGUUGUCGCCCGCGCAAGCGGGAAGAUCCGGGUCUCGUGGCUCAGUGACGUGGUCAGUCGAACCAAAACAAGGGGGAGGAAGCCGGUGGCCAGGAGCAGCAGCGGCGAUCCAAGCACCUGCAGCUUUCCGGAAGCUCCAGGCGGUUUUUCUGCCGAGCCUUUGUCUCGACCCCUAUCCUGUCCGCCCCGUCGGUUGUUGUAUGGGCGGCACCUGGCAACCACCAUUCUACUUUCUGUCUAUAUGAAUUUUCCUAUUGGAGAUAUUUCAUAUUUAAACAGUCAAGUUAAAUCAAGGUGGAUAAUUAUGGCAGAAGGUGGAUUCGAUCCCUGUGAAUGUGUGUGUUCUCAUGAACAUGCGAUGAGAAGGCUGAUCAAUCUGUUAAGGCAGUCCCAGUCCUACUGCACAGACACAGAAUGUCUUCAGGAGUUACCAGGACCCUCUGUUGAUAAUGGCAUCAGUAUUACCAUGAUUUUGAUGGCCUGGAUGGUUAUUGCAGUCAUCUUGUUUCUACUGAGACCUCCUAAUCUAAGAGGAUCCAACUUAACUGGAAAGCCAACCAGUCCUCAUAAUGGACAAGAUCCACCAGCCCCUCCUGUGGACUAACUUUGUGAUAUGGGAAGUGAAAAUAAUUAACACCUUGCACGACCAAAUGAACGAAGAUGACUAGAGUACUCUCUUAAUCUCAUUAGAACUGUUCUUUUCGCAUCUGCAAUAUGGGAUGGUAUUGUUUUCAUAAGCUUCUAGGAAUUUUACUUGCAAGCUUAUUUUUGCUUCCGGUGUUAUCACCACUCCUAUUUACAAUAUAUUUGAGUAAGUGAUUCUGUAAAAAGUUACAUGAGCCCUUUAGUUAUCCUAAACGUAAACAUUCCACUAAUUCUGUUUGUAACUGUGAUCAUAAUUUUUAUGAUGAUUUCUGGCCUGAUUGAAGGAAAUUUGAGACUUCUGCAUUUAAAUAUUUUAAAUAGUUUUGAUAGAUUUUAAAAUUACUUUUUUCAUAGGUAUUUAUAAAGUUAUUUGGGGUUGUCAGAGAUUGUAUGAAAGAAAAUUAGAACCACGUUCUUGGGACUGUGGCAGCCUUUGGAAUAUUUUACAAGUUACAGCUAAAAUCUGUAUUGUCCACUACAACUUGUGACUAGAAAAGGAGGAAAAAAGAAAUGAAGUAAUUGUUUGCUAAGUUUUUUUAUUCACAUAAAAAUAUACUUAAAAAACUUUGAAUAAACAUAAUUUAAAUAUGAUGGAGGAUUUACAGUCCAUUAUGUAACAUUUGAGCCACUGUACACUAACUAGCCUUACAAGGUUCAUGAAAGGAGGAACUUUUUUUUUGCUUUUGUCAGAUAUAAUCUAUACAUUAAUAAUCUCUAUUUUAAAAAUAGGUGCCUCUCACAAAGCUUUUCUGAUCUAACACUUCCCCUGUUAAAUGAAACUAUCUUAUAGUUGUAUUGGGGGCCUCUUUGAUUACUGCCAUUUGAUUGCUAUUUACUUAUUUUAUUCUUUUCUUUGAAGAAAAAAAUUUGAAUCUUUUGUUACCCUUAUGACUUUACAAAUGUUUAAUGAAUUAUUGGUUUAUUCCAAGGGAAAAGGAGGAAUAUGAGAAACAAGGAUCUUUUUCUGACCCGUAUCUCAUUCUUGUUGGGUAAUGGGAUGGACUGGGGUGGGUAGGAGCAUUAAUACAGGUAAAAUUUUGAAAUGUAUAAAAAGUAAAAGGUUCCAUUGUUUUGGUUAGUUUGAAAGAAAAUGAAUACAAAUGGCAUUUUUAAGAAGUCUGCAUGACUUAUGUGGUUAUGGAAUUUUUUCCUAGCAAGUGAUUGCAGAUGAUUUAUCGGGGCUAGAAGAUAUUUUGCAUCAAUGUAAGGGUUUUUGCCCCUUAGACCUGUCUAGCAUUUUAUUGUAUCGAUCUGAGAAUCUGAGAAAUUACUUGUAUGAAUUGAAUAAACUUCUCUAUAUCAUUGUACUGUUUUAAUAGAGUCUCUGAUACAAUUGAUGCCCUUAGGGUGUAUUUUUCUCUUUAUUAUGAUUACAUUUUGGGCCAUAAACAUUGUAAGGGCUUCAUUUCAUUAUAUAAUGCAUUAACUGCUUGCAUUCCUCCUGUGCUCUUGGCUUUGUGCUCAACUUCUUGAAAUAAUAUAACCUACUCUUUUUUUUUUAGUAUAUGUGCUGCUGAAGCGAGCACAUUAUAACCUACUCUUAAUUACUUGUGCUAAUGAAGCAAUGUUGUAACACAGGUAAGUCACAUCCUGGAUAAGUAAACACCAUAGAGUUAAGGUUUUUCUUCUUGCCGUAGCCUACUGGAAGCCUUCCCAGCUGUAUAUUUAAAGCAGAAAGGGCAUGAAUGGGUUAAGAUGGAGCUAACUGCCUAAUGCAUUCCUUUUUCUGCCCUUGCUCCCUGAAGGCUUGCACAUAUAUCCUAACAGUUCUCUAUGCUGCUCGAAAGGCAAUCUCUGGCAGAGAUACUGAUGUAUUCACUGAAUCAACAGUUCAUAAAUAAUCGAGAAUUGGCUUUGGUAGAAGACAUGGCUAUAACAUGGAAACAAUGUCUACUGUUUGCUAGAGACCUAGAAAUCUGGAUUUUUAUUCCUGGUUCUUCAUUUCUGUCACAUACACUUAAUUGACAUUACAUCUAGAACAUUAACCUUUUCUUAUACAGCCCAUCUAUUUAACUAGCAACAAAAGUUUUUAGUGGAAUAGUAAGUCUUGGUUUUUUGCUUGUAAAAUUUCUCUGCAGUCCUGAAAAAGACAGUGUACUAUAGCAUAUAAAGUAUUACUGUUAACCUAACUAGUAAUUUAGAUUCUUUUUAAUUCUUAAAGCUUCUACAUGUAAAAUGUUAACAUCUUUUAUUAAACAGUUUUUUAUUGAGCACAUUCUUAUUCAUUACUUGGCUUGUAAACAUUCACCUGUACUAUGGCUACAAUCAUAGCCAAUCAUUUGAAAUAAUCUGGAAAAAAGAAAGAUAAGUCCUGACAUUUUAAUCACUUUGGACUCUUAAACAUUCCACAAAUGCCAUUAAGAAUUUAUUUCGUUAUAGAGUCAUUUAAUGUUCUUUUAUGCAAAAUAAUGUUUUUUUGCUUCCCAUUUGGAAAAAGUUAACAUUAGAACUGUGUAUAGUAAAAGAUUUUAUCAUAUGUCUAUCCAAGCACUGUCCUAUGGUCUUGAAGUCACAUUUUAAACAAUUUGCAGAGAUUUUCUGAAGUAACUAUUAAGUUCAGCUAUUUGUGGUAUGUGAUUUGAUUUGAUAAUGUUUAUGGAAUUACCAAAUUCUUAUAUUUUCAAAGGAACCUUGGAAAUUUAUCACUCUGAAUGAAAGUCUGUCAUUCUAAAUGAGUAUGUGCUAAAAUUUGACCAGCUCAACUUAAGACAAAACAACUGGAAGGAGAAAGUUUACAGUUAAUGGGUUAAAUUUUUGUUGCAUAUUAGAUUUAGUCAACAUUAUAAUAUCUCUAAAUGAAAAAUCAUAAGUAUUUGUUACCAUGUGUGAUGAUUACUUUGUUAAAAGCAAAAGUGGUCAUGUGAUGUACUAAGUGUUAAUUGCUGUUUUUAAAUGUUUAAAUCAUGCCAAACAAAUCCAUCUGUGCCACCCAGGGUUUAUUGUAAUCUUUUACUGAGUAUUUGGAUUGGGAUAAAGGGCUUGUACUAUGCACUUUUUAUUAAUGAAUAAAUAGAAGACAUUAGUAACACUCAUUGUUUUCUGUUUGGCUUUUGUGAGAAGAGAAACAAAUAUCUUUUGUUAUGAAAAUGUUAACAUCUUUUAUUAAACAGUUUUUUUUGUAAGACUUUACCCCUAACUAAAGACUUUCCUGAGAGAGAACUUUCAGUUAUAAGAAAAAUAUUUAUAUAUUAGCAGUAUGGGGCCAGUAUUCAGAAGUAGGGAUUCUAAGAAGCACUAGGAAAUUAAUUGCAACUACAUUUCUUUCAUAAUUCUAUUUUAUUUCUUCCUAUAAUAUAGGGUCAAAUAGAUAUUUGCUUUUUGGGACUAAUAUCCAACAGUGUUAAUUAUUCGAGCAGACAUAUGUUACCUAUAAAGAGCUAUAUGUGUAACUGUAUUGAAAACACUCAAAAGUGAAAAUUUGCUUUUGUUCUGUAACCUGGAAUUGAUCCAUAUACAAAAAAUCAUUAAAACCUAUACAUAUGUAAAAAUGGUAAAA